AUGGCCGAAGAACCCAACGUGGAGAACAAUGCCCGGGGACCUUCCCCCGAAUUUACAUUCCCAGAGCCCAACCCACAGGAGGCCAUGCUCUUUUUCAACAUUAUCAAGAAUGUCUCCAACCUGCCCGAUAUCAACUGGGAUAACGUUGCCACUGACUCUGGAUUCAAGAAUGCUGCUGUUGCAAAGAAGCGAUUCUACCAGAUCAAGCAGAAGCUUGGACUCGAUAACAACAACCUAUCCGGGUGUUCUACAAGCAAACCUGGUCGCAAACCCAAAGCCACGGGAAGUACAUUCACAUCUGAGGCCGCCCAAGGGGCCGCCACGAGUGAUACUAUUCGGAAGCCUGUGGCCUCGCCCAAAGUGACCAAACGCCGGAAGGCUGUAAAGACAGAGAAACAAGGAACCGCACAUGCUCCGAAGGACGGCUAUUCUCCCACAAAAACCGGCGUCAAGACUGAAGACGCGAAUUUUUAA